GUACGGCCUACUUAAGCACUUUCAGACAGCUAAUGUUCUGUGAUCUGUCCGCAAGAUGAAGAUCCCUACGUUGCUAAUCUGUGUGGUGAUCCUGUCAGUCGUCUUCGCCGACUCUUCUUCCGACUCCAGUUCUGGAGAGAAGAAGAAGAAGAGCAAGAAUUACAAGCUAAGAGCCGGGUCCGGAUCUAACUCAGGAUCUGAUUCUGGCUCCGGAUCUGGCGAAGGAAAGUCCAAAGGCAAGAAACAAAAAGGACCCAGUCCUGUGAUCCCAGCUGUAAUGCAAUAUGAGAACGACAACCUGGUGAUACCAGGUGUAGAACAAGGCGUUACCACACGGAGACCUAAACCAUCAUCAACACCAGUGACAACAAUCGCACCUGCUACAACUGCAGCUCCUCCAAAUGUCUGGCAAACUGUAACCAUCUGUGAGCACGACAGAAAGCAGGUUUCCUGCCCAGAAGGAACUAUAAUCGUUAUAGAUGACGCCUUCUACGGAAGAACUGACCUGACUACCUGCCCCAAGGAGGGUAAGAUGUCCAAUACGAAUUGUAAAUCAAGCACAUCAUUACCUAUAGUCCGAGAGAAGUGCGAAGGAAAAACCUUCUGCGAUUUAUCAUCGGCAAACAGCUGGUUCACAGAUCCUUGCAAGGGAACUUACAAAUAUGUCAAAGUCGACUACCUUUGUCUAAAAGAAAUUCCACACAGGCCAGAACCCGAAGAACCUGUUGCCAUUGAGGAACCGACGACAGUUGAACAACCAACAACCACAGAGGCGCCAGUAACAACAGAAGAACCAACUACCACGGAGGAACCAGUGACAACUGAGGAACCCGUUACAACAGAGGAACCAACUACCACGGAGGAACCCGUUACAACAGAGGAAGCAGUAACAGAAGAGGAACCAGUAACUGAAGAAGAACCAGUAACUGAAGAAGAACCAGUAACUGAAGAGGAAGCAGUAACUGAAGAGGAACCAGUGACAGAAGAUGAGCCAGUAACUGAAGAGGAACCAGUAACUGAAGAGGAACCAGUAACUGAAGAGGAACCUGCUACAACUGAGGAACCUGCUACAACUGAGGAACCAAUUACUAUCGCAGAGCCGGAGACUCCUGCCACUGAAGCACCAAUUGUGGUUGAAAUAGAAGCACCAAAACCUAAACCAUCUAAACCAAAAAUCAUAAUUGUAACAUAUCCAGCUCCUGGCGAAUACCCACAACUCAUCACUAUUACCACUAAACCAGUCGAUGGUCAAGGAAACUGCCAGGAAGUAACCAUACCGAUACCACCUGGAGCUGACAGUUCAAAACCUCAGAACAUUAUUGUCGCUUUGCCUCCUGACGAUGCGUCCUCUUCUCCUCAGCAGAUCGCCAUUCCGUUCCCUCCUCCUAAGGGGAGCUACCAACCUGGCAAGAUAUCCAUCAAGUACCCACAACCUGGUUCAAGCCAAAAGGACAUAGUAGUAAGUGUACCUCCCACUCAAUGCCCAGGCAGUCCUAAAGUGGUCAUCAUACCUGUCCCUGAAGAACUCCCCUCUUCCCAAAAAGACAUCGUUGUUACCAUUCCUAAUGGCGAUGGACAACCACCACAGACUAUUACAGUCCCAUACCCACCAUCGCAGUCCAAUCCCAAACCCUGCAAUCAAAAUAUUUUCAUUACUAUUAAUGAACAGAGACCUUACCAACCUCAGUACCCUGCCCAACCAAGUCCAUUCCAACCACAGUAUCCUGUUCAACCUAGUCCAUUCCAACCUGGGUACGGUCAACCUCAACCACUUCAACCUGGGUACGGUCAACCUCAACCACUUCAACCUGGGUACGGUCAACCUCAACCACUCCAACCUGGGUACGGUCAACCUCAGGCACUUCAACCUGCUUAUGGUCAACCUCAGCCACUUCAACCUGCUUAUGGUCAACCUCAAGCAGGAGGACCGUGUGAUCCACUUCUCAAAGCACUGAGAUUGUGCCAAAGUGCUUUCUAAGAUUUUUCUUCUUCAUCUUUAAAAAACGGGUUGUACAUAAAUAUAAUAAAACUAUUAUCCAUACAUAGUAUUUCUUUUUUCUUGUAACAUUCGCCAUUAUUACAAUU